AUGGCUACUGUUGGGGUUCUUCUAAUUCUACUACCUGUAGCAUGGACUUGUUCUCCCCAGAAAGCAGACUACGUGAUGGUAUCGUGUUUCCCAAAUGCCGUCAUUGCUAACGUGCCUGAGUGUCCCUAUGGCUGGGAGAUCAGUCAGUUGUCCCUUGGAGGCAUGUGUUAUACAGGGAUGAACACUCCAGGCUAUUACCGUUUUGUCAUUCCAGACUUGACUCCCAAAAAUCACUCCUACUGUGGCACACAGGCAGAGUAUAUUGGUGGCAAAGACCCAAAGUACGUCUUCUACAACUCCAUAGUGUCCAAUGACACUUUGCUUACGGUUAGAAACCAGCCUGUCAACUAUACGUUCAGCUGCACCUACCGGGCCGCCUAUCUGGUCAACAAUGCAGUGUUCAGCCAAAGAGUGGCUACAGUUUAUGUCAACAAUGGAAGUUUAGGCACUUUUAGUUCACAGUUGUCUAUGAAUGUGUUUACGAACUCAAAGUUCUUAUAUGCCAAAGAUGCCCCCUAUGUGAUUGAAACAUCUGAGAUUGGCUCUGAGGUUUUUAUUGGAAUUGAGGCAAAAGGACUGAGCAACAGAUUUAAAGUGGUCAUUAGCAACUGCUGGGCCACUCCUACCCCUUACUCAACUGACAGAAAGAGGUGGAGCCUCAUAAUCAACAGCUGUUCAUCUGACAACACUGUGACUAUUUUUGAGAACGCCAAAGAUAGCCGUUCCAUGUUUAAGUUCAACUCAUUCCGCUUCCAGCGUCAGGAGAAGGUGUCAACUGUAUGGCUGCAUUGUGAGGUUCAGGUUUGUGAUGGAGAGAAGCUUCUAUGUGAGCCAAUGCCAUGCACAGCCAGAAGUUUCACAAUACAUGCAGAGCCAAGUGGGGGUAUCCUCACUACUGAGUUCCAUGUUAAAGGCACUCGAUGUUUCCUGUGUUUAGUCCUCAUUAUACUAGGUUGUGUAAAUGUACCAGGUCUUUGA